AUGGAUAAUUAUAAAUUAAGAAACAAACAAAAAACAUUGGAAAUUGAUAAAAGUGUUGAAAAUAUUCAAAGAGAUGAUAUUUCCAUUGAAAAUCCUGUUGAAUAUACAUCAAAUAUAAAUACAUUUCUGGAUAAUAAUAAAAGUAAUGAUCUUAUUGCAAAAGAACAACUUGAAAAUGUAUUAAAUCAGCAAACUAAUGUAGCAGAUCCAACUUCACACCCAGAAUUACUAGGUUUUGAAAAUAUGUCAUCUGAAUUAGAAGAAAAUCUAGUUGAUAAUUAUUAUUCGCAUGCCCUAGAAACUGAAUCAGAAACAUGCAAAAACAGUUCAGAUGAUGGUAUAUCAUUAGGGUUUGAAAGCAUAAAUACUUCAGCUUUAAAAAGACAACUAGAUUGUAGUCAAGGACUUUUAAAAGAACUACUUAAGUAUGAAAAAGAACAAGAAAUCACAUUUAAUGAUUUGUUAUUAUUGUCGUUAACACAAGAAAUUCUUCGAUUGGAAGAUCGCAUGAAACAAUUAGGCGAACAAGCAGAGACUAAGUAUAAUGAAAGAGAAUUUUUGAGACAAAAAGUUAUGGACAAUUCAACAGAUCUUGAUGCUAUUAAUGAAGAUAAUGCUAAGAUUACAUUAUUAUGGAAUGAUGUUUUAAUUAGUAUUCAACAACGUGAUAAAUGUUUCCUAAAGACAAAAAAUGAUUUUCAAUUGAAACGAGAACAUAAUAACUUACAAAAUAAUUUUAAAACAUAUUUAGAUAAAUUCAACUGUUUGAAAGAAGAAUAUUCUAAGCUUAUACAAAUGACAGAAUUUCAACACCAAAACUUAGAUCAAGUUACAUUGAUAAAUAACAAAAUAUCAGAAAUUAAAGUUCAAAAUAAAGAGCAUGAAUUAUUAUUAGUUGAAGUUGAGAACAAUUUAUCUAAGGAGUUAUUAAAACUAGAACAAUGCCGUACAACAAGUUUUAAUUUAGAACAAGAUAUAGUAGAAAACACUAAAUAUCUGAAUGAUAAAGGAUUAGUAUUGUCUACGUUAGAUUCUGAAUUGAAGAAAUUAUAUACUGAGAUUCAAAAUAAAACAAAACACAUUGAUUUAGAAAAUAAACAAUUGGAAGUAGUGAAAAAAUUACAUGAUGAAGGUUAUAUCUUGACUCCUCAAAUGGAAAUUGAUCAAGUUAGAAAUAAAAUUGAUGAAGUAGUAAAAGAAACCAAUUUCAUAAAACAAUCUUGGAUUCAAAAACAAAAUAAAAAUGUACAAUUAUUAGCUCAACUUAAUAAUCAGUUUAAUGAACUAGUAAAAGUACGCAAAUAUGAUUUAGUAAUGGAUACAAAAAAUAAAAAACUAGAAAAAGAAAUUGUUUCUUUAUCCAAAGAAGUUUAUCAGUAUAAACAAAUACUUACAAACAUGAGAAAUACAAUUGUGAAACUUAAUGAACGUUUUAGCCAAAAUAAAGGGAAAAGUAAUAUGCUUUUGAAUGAAAAUGAAUGGAUACAGUGUUCUUAUUUAGCUGAAUUAAAGGAAAAUGAGAAGUUGUGUUUAGAAUACAUGGAUCAAUUAAAGUUAUUAAAAAAUGAACUGAAUGAAUUAAAAAAUGUGUACAUGGAAAAACAAUGUGAAAGCAAAUCAUGGGAUACCAAACUUCUAUUGCUUAUUGAAAUUAAAAAAGAAAUUAAGAACAAAGAAGGUGAUUUAGGUGAUAUUGAUAUUAUGAAAAAUGAAAUUCAUAGAAUGCAGAUAAGAGAAUGUCAAUUGAAAAAGAUAUUGGAAAAAAUAAUGUUAGAUUUAGAAGUAUGCAUAACAAAACGUGAAACAAUUUACAAUAAAGUUGCAGCUAAAGAUAUUCGUUUAAAGGGGAAAAAUGAAGCUAAACAAAAAUUUUUGAAACAGCUUGACUAUCUGAAAACAAAUAUCAAAAAAAUUAAAACAGUAACUAUACUAAUGUAUUAUUAUUAAACUUCAAUUAUUAGGCAUUAGUAACAUUAUGACCUAUAUUUUACUAUUAGGACUAUAUCAAACUAUAGCAAAUGCAUUAGGUAUAUCGUAUAUGUUUGUAUAGGUAUAUCUUUUGUCCGAUAUACCCAAAACAAACCAUACAACUCUAGCAACAUCGUAGCAACUCGUCACUACAAAAAGUUUCACUCCAAACUACACCUAAACCAAAACCUUCUUAUUUCUCGCAUGUCCUCUUUAACCAUCCCCAGCAACCCUCCUAGAAGGUUAAAAAGAAAAUGGACAAGAGACGCCCUUGCCUAACACAAUAAUAAAAAAAAAACGGUCUCCAUUGAGAACCCACCAUUAUUAGGAGGUACUGUUGAUGGACGGUUUUCCCCCCUCAAGUCAUCAAGUCAUGUAUUAUACUACCUUAUCAAAUUUACUUAUUGUACUACUUGUUGUAUAGAUUGUAAAUAUUGCAUUAAAAAAA